CUGUGUAUCUCACUCUGCUUCCUCAGAUGUUAAGACUUAGAAAUCUGCUCCGUCUUAGUUUGACAACAAGGCUCAUUCGCACCGACUGCUGCACAGGAAAAAUGUGUUAUGGUUCCUUUUAUGGGACAAAUUGAACCUGACCUGUUUUAGAGGUGAAAACAAAGUGGACGGACUUCUUUGGGAACAACUUUUGCUUAGAAAGUGUGAUGAGAGCCUGUUCGGGUAAGUGGCACUCAGCAGGAAAAUCAGCAUUCUUACUUUUUAUUUUCUCCAAUUUUAAUCAGUUUUCAAGUUAAAAUUGAAAUAAAAAUACAGUAAUAAUUGAAACAAUCAUCAAAUUUAAGAUUUGUUUCACUGAAACGUCUUUAUUUUCUGAGAGUCACUGCAGUGUGUGGGUACUCAGAUGCUGCUUUCUUUUUGAUGUCUGUAAGGAUUAACUCCACACAAGGUGGGCUUCAAAUGGGAUUAUCUGGAAAUGCAUGUCAGAUUUUCUGCACUCCUUUGUGAUGUAAUUUGGCAAAUUUAAAAAAGAAAUGUUUCAAAUCUUCUAAAGUCUAUGUGUAAUUAAAAGUAGCGCAGAGACAACGUGAAAAUAUGGAAACUGUAAAACUAGAUUGUUUUAUGAUAAAUAAAAGUUCAUCUAACGGUCAUGUUUGCCUUUGUGCCCUUAACAACUAACUUUUCUCAAACUUUCACAAAAACUGCUCAACUGUUCUCCUUUUUUGUGUGUGCAUAUUUCAUUAACAUUUUCAUUUCAUUUUUUGUGCAUGGGUUGUGUCACUGUGUCUUUGUUAGGUCUAGUAUUUUGUGUUAUCAGUUGGCAGCUUUAUCUGUGCAGCUCUCAGAGUCCAAGACAAAUUUUCCUAAGGGGACAAUAAAGUGUAUCGUAUCGUAUCGUAUCGUAUCGUAUCGUAUCGUAUCCUACUUUUCUAGAAACAUUAAGAAACUUUACAAGCAAUGCUCUUUAUACAGUAUAUAGUCUUUAUUUGCUGGGAUAUUUUCCUCUACUUCCAGUUCUAUUUUAAUCACGUUUCCCCUGGAAUUAAAAUAUCUAGAAAGCUUUUAAAUACAUGCCAAAACAAACAGACAAACAAACAAAAAAAAACCUGUAAUUUUCCUAUCAGAUACACUGUUUUCUCAUUUUCUAGAUGAUCCUUUCUCUUUCUGUUUACAUGCACCUCUCUGCAGGGGAGAUGCAGCGCUUGGCAUGGUUGGUGCUGCUGAUGGUGUGGAUGGUGCAGGCUCAGGAGAGCUGUCCUGAUGUCUGCAGAUGCUCAAGAAGGUCCAGCCCAGAGAAGACAGAGGUGAACUGCCAUAAAAGGGGGUUUCAUUCCUUUCCCACUAACCUGCCCCCCGAUGCCUGGAUCCUUAAACUAGGUGAGCCACCGGUAGUCAGUGGUUUUCAAUAACUGUGACAAUCUAGACAUCUUUUCAAGGUGUUGUGGACCUUAACUGCAUCCUUAACCAAAUUUCUAUCCGCCCCCCAAAGGUGAGAAUGGUAUUGCAGACCUGAAGGCAAACAUUUUGAGCUCAAUUCCAAGGAUUGAGAGUAUAAAUCUGGAGCGAAAUGCUAUCAAGUCUAUCCACCCCCAAGCCUUCUCUGGUGCAAAGCAACUAAUGCUCCUGAAUCUUUACGGCAAUCACAUCACCAGUCUACCAGGGAGGGGUUUUCAGGUAAAUGUUUAAAAGCGAAAUAGACUCUACAUAGAGCAUCAUGAGAAGAUGGUCUCACUGCAACAGCUGUGGUUCUUUUCAUGUCUCCAGGAUCUCCUGAACCUUCGCUUCCUAAUGCUGGGUCAGAACCAGAUUGGCACCCUCAAAGCUGAGAUGUUCACCGGACUGAAGAACUUGUCGGACUUAGAUCUUCCUCUCAAUGCGCUCACAAUGCUUACGCCUAACACCUUCAAGCCUCUGAUUGCCCUCAAAGUUCUGGACCUGUCGCUGAAUCGCAUCCAGAAGAUCUCUCCUAAAGCCUUCAGUGGACUCCGACAGCUAAUGUUCCUCAAUUUAGACAACAACAGGUCAGAGGUCAAACCAGCAACGUGUACAAGAUGCAAUAUUCAUUACGAGUUCUAACACUCUCUCCAAUCUAGCCUGAAGACACUUCCUGCUGGAGCAUUCAGACCUCUACGAUCUCUGGAGAUGCUGGUUUUAGACAACAACCUCCUGUCCACACUCAACCCGUCCGCUUUAGAUGGCUUGGAGAACUUGCAGGUAACACAGUCUAUCUAUUUAUCUGAUAUGAUGUAGAAAUGAUUGGAUCUUAUCAUAUAUUGGCAGGUCACUAUAAACUUACUGACUCUACUUGACCAAACUUGAGUUACUUCAGUAGUCAAAGGUAAAAGGUCCAUAUCUGAGAUCCUGAGCACAGCAUGCAGAAAUAAAACUUCAGUCAACCAGAUGACAGCUUUGAAAAAAGGCCAUUGAUCGGUUUGUACAAUACUUUUACUGAUCCAGGGUGCAACACACCAGUGGGACUUGGACCUUAAACAUCUCAAUCGGUAACCACGUAGAUCUGUGAAUCUUUACACCCUGACUAUGGAUGGUUUUAGAGCAGCUAUUAUCGGCCCGGCCCUCUGCUACCUCAGCCAUCUACUGUAAAAAUGUUAAGUGCAUACUAUAAUUGGAUAAUUUCUUUGUCUGCUCAGCUGAUUGAAACAGUAAGGUCAACGAGUAAACACUGAAUUUUGGGCGAUAUGGCCUCAAGUCAAUAUCACGAUAUAUUGAGCAGUUCACCUCGAUAAUGAAAAAUGGACGAUAACUACUCCACAAACUGCUCACCCCCUCCCACAUUAACUUCGUCUACUUCAGCCGCUACAACUUUUGAACAGUCCACCACCUCCUCACCUGUCUUUCCCUGUUUGUUACGAACUGGAUGGGGUGGACUCCGACAUAGGACAGUGUCUUAAAGGGACGUGAAACCAUAGCCUAAAUUCACACAUCCAAAACCAACUUUGAUUCAUUCAUUUUUUUGACACCGAAAAUAUUGACAUGCUCAAAAUGACGUUGGUUAUUGUCGUAAGUUUCGUAAAUUUUCGGUUUAUCGCCCAGCCCUAGAUGCAGUGCAUUUUUCCAAAUUUUAACGGUUGAAUAAACCUCAGAAAAAAACUGUUCUGAUUGAUUCUCCAGGAGCUCUACCUGAGGAACAAUGAGUUUGAGCAGCUGCCACCUGAUGUGUUCAGGAGCAUGGCCAAACUCUCUCAGCUGGCUCUCAGCGGAAACCACCUCAAGACAAUGGAUGGAACCAUUUUCACCCAUAUGCCUGGUAAAAGUAUUGCCUGACUGCACAAUUUUUCACAGGAGCUAAGAUAAGAUAAGAUGAAUAGAAUUAAAUUGAUCCCCGAAUUGUUGUGUUUGUGGUAGUUGAUGAAUCUGCCACAGUGUUUACUGAUGCUAGUUUACUUUUGGUGAUUUUUUAUUCUUUCCCAGAACUGAAGAAGCUGCACCUCCAUGACAACUUGUGGCACUGUGACUGUCACCUCGUCUCUUUGAUACAGUGGAUGGGCCAGAGUAAUACAACCCUGUCUCCUCGGGGCUCCCUGAGGUGCACGAGUCCUCAGGAACUUCGUAACAGAGGCUUAUCCAGUCUCUCAGCAGACGUGCUGCUGUGCAGUGCCUAACCCCUUCGAAAACAGGGAUGGAGUGCAGCAUAAGCGCGGGAUCCGUAGAGAUUUAGAUGUGCUAUUA